UGUUUUUGACAACAGCUCUCUUGUCAAUUGCGCAUUAUUUCGUUAAGAAAGUUCGACUGAGCUGUGUUCUGUUGAGUUAUAGGUUUUCUUUUAGUUUAGUGAGACAGAAGGAGUUUCUGAGCUGAGUUUUGCACUUUACACUGACUCUCAAACUUGCAGCAGGUCGUGGAAAACUUUGGACACUUGAGUCUGGUGGGUUUGGCAAGAUGCGCGUGUAGUUAAGUAAGUGUGUCGUGCUUCAUCUGGACCCGUGUCAGUUUCAGUGUCAGUGUCCAGAACAACAGAACAACUAAUGCUCUUACAUAAAGUCCAGUAGAAUGUCCGCGGCGACAGCAUCAUCCCCGGCAGUGGACCGCGCAUCCCCUCCGCCGCGGGUGAGACCCAGCGGCUCGCCCCCAGCCUCUUCUCCCUGCAUCACUGGCCCUGGCACGGCCCGGUGUCAGCCUAUCCGUGCCACGGUGCCGUACCAGCUCCUGAGUGGAAACCAGCUCAGCCCAACCCGCUCCGUUUCCUCCUCCUCCUCCUCUUCAGUAGCAGCCAAGAGCCACACAGUACCGACGACGUCCCGCUGCUCCAGUCCCGCUCACCCGGGUGGAAGCGCCUCGGACAGCAGGCUGGUCCCCGGGCACAGGCUCUCCCCUCCGGACAGGACGAGCUCACCAGAGGGCCCCUCGGGUUCGCCUGCAAUCAAAGUUGAACGGAGCAGGCCCCAGCAGCAGGCGGGCUCUGGGGUGAUCCGCCGCACCUCGUCUCUGGGAGCCAUCACUGGGCCCUACCUGAGCGGACAGUGGCCCCGGGACCCUCACCUGCUCUACCCCUCGUGUACAAGAGACAAGUCCACACAGACUCCUGGAUGUUGGAGUGAACACAGCGCAGAGAAGAGGAGCCACCAGCGCUCGGCGUCCUGGGGCAGUGCUGAUCAGCUCAAAGAGUUAGCCAAGCUCCGGCUCCAGCUCCAGCGCAGCAAACAGGGGGCUCGACCCGGUAAAGACCGAGACCACCUGUCCCCCCACCAGUACCACCCUCCCACCCCCCAGAUCUACAGCAGCCUGUACCACAGCCACACAGCGUCUGCUCUGGAGGGACAAUCACAGCAGCAGGCUUCCAUGUCGAAGUCGGCCCAGAUGCCGCUGUCCAACAUCACGGUGCCAAAGCCCUCGAUCUCCAGGGUGCCCAGCAGUAUGGAGGGCAUCAACCACGAGCUGGAGAAGGUCUUCAUCAGAGACAACGGGGACAAGGAGGAGCUCAAGUCUCUGGAGGUCCCAGACGGGCGGCGCGCUCCUUUCCCCCCUCAGCAGCGCAGCAGUAGCAGUCGCAGCGUGGACACUCAGACCCCCUCUGCCCCCGGCCGCUCCAGCAGCUGCUCCAGCCUGUCCCCCUGCCCCUCGCCCGCCUGCCCACCCGGAGGCUCCCACGACGGAAGCCCCUACUCCACAGACGACCUGCUCUAUGACAGGGACAAAGACAGUGGAAGCAGUUCUCCUCUGCCCAAGUUUGCAUCUUCACCCAAACCCAACAACAGCUACAUGUUCAAGAGGGAGCCUCCAGAGGGCUGUGAGAAGGUCAAAGCCUUCGAGGAGAGUUCCAGGCAGUCUGCGUCAGCCUCCGUGCCCCUCUUCUCCUGCCCCGACAAAAACAAAGUCAACUUCAUCCCCACGGGCUCGGCCUUCUGCCCCGUCAAACUGCCCGGCUCCCUGCCCCUGCCCCCCACCGCCGAGGACCGCGAGGGGGGCGUGGCCUCUCUGCACGGGCCCCCCACACAGGUGUCCACCAGCACCAGCACUGAUGACCCCCCAGAGGACCCCAACACAGAGACUGACGCUCCCCAGACAGACGACGCGGACAUCAGCUAGGCCACGAACCAAAAAAGAAAAACCCCCCGAUACUGACUGACUGCAACUAGGGGGCGCUCUGUCUCUCUCUUUCUCUCUCUUUCUCUGUUCAAAAACCCCGCGAUCUCUGCAUGGCGUAGCAACUAUGUCCCAGUAACCACCAAUCACCACAACAGACUGGCCACUUCGCUGUCCUGACCAGGGAGGACCACUAGAGGCGCUAUGGAGCACUAUACGGACAGGCAGGGGAGGGGGGCAUGCAUUUUAAAGCGGUAGUAUAUUUCUGAAGUUAAAUUAUGUGUUGUGUUCGGUUUCAACAUUCACAGUAUGAAUAAGCUCUUUAAACAUAUAUAUAGACACACGUAUAUAUAUAUCUAUGAAAAGAAAGAAAAAUGCUUGUUUAAAAACUCCUAAACUGUGUAUUGCUGUGUAACAGGCUGUACUCUUCAGGAUUAUGUUUACCCUAUACAGGUCACGUGUUCAAAGUACGGUGGCCUAGAAGGGCGAGUCACAACAACAACGAAAACGAAUAGAAAGGAAAUGGAAAAAAAUCGAAAUGCGAGUGAUUAAACAGGUAAGAUAUAAAUAAAGAUAAAAUUACUUCAAAAUAAGGUCAAAACUGAACCAAAAAGAAUCAAAUGACAAAGCAAAGAGGUAAAAAAAAAAGGUGCUUAAUGUAGCUUUUCUAGUUCUGGUCCGUCACCUGCUGUCGUCAUGGAAAUAUUAUCGCUUUACCUAAAUGUUUCACAGACUGGCAUUACAGUUUUCUACAUUUCAUAAGUUAAAUUACAACCGUUCUGUUUUAGAAAUAAAAUAGAAAAACAAAAAUGCAUCAAAAACUAUACUUGAAGUGACCUACUUGUCUCCAUGGAGAUAGAUAAACACGUGAUACCGUACUGUGGAAUAUUCUACAGGGUUCCCACAGUCAUGGACAUCCUGGAAAAGUCAUGGAAAUUGAAAAUGUCAUAUUCCGGGCCUGGAAAAGUCAUGGAAUUUUAGUAUCUCUUUCACGCAAUCGUCAUUAGGCCAUUAUGAUUAUGAUUUCUGAAUGUCUGUGUCUUUUGUUUAAAAAAGAUGACAAUAAAUGCACUGACAGGAUUUUGAAUGUUAAAAAAAAAUCCCAAACCAUAAGGUGAGUGGAAAGGGAAAACAUUUCAUAUUUAGCCCUUAAAGUCUGAUCAAUUCUACAUAUUUAGGUGCCGUAAAGUCAUGGAAAAUUCACUUUAGGGCAUGAAAAAGCAUGAAAAAGUUUAAAAAUUUUGUCUGUGAAAAAGAGUGGGAACCCUGUAAAUCAAGAGUGUCCAAACUAUGACCCAGGGGCCAAAUGCGGCCCUCAAGACAAUUCUUCUUGGCCCUCAGGCUUUUUGGUGAAUUGGCCCACAUUAUCCAGGAAAGUGCUUUUUCUGCUAGUUUUAAAUCCUCUGCUACUAUAACUGAAAUAACCAAUAAUUUUGAUGUGAUACAGACCUUCUUAGACUGAAGACACUUUAACAUCUCAGAUAAAAGCUCUUUUUUGAUCACUCGUCUAUGGCCCUCCUCAUGGUCUAUGUUCCAAAAUGUGGCUCUCUAAAAAAGAAUGAGAACUUCGCACGUCAAUUACUUGAGACGGGUGCGUUGGAGGAGAGCGAGCAGCCCAAGAACAUCGAGAAAAAUCCCGCACAGCAUCUUACUUACUUGUAAAAUGUGAGAUUUAUUAGGACAAACUGUGCAACUUUUUGGCACUUGGCCUUCAUCAGACAAACAGGCAAACUACAUUUAAUUUGUUAAAUUGCACAUGUUUUAUUUUAUUUCUAAAAGAGAAAAAAAAACAAACAUCAAAAACAAAACUCCAAGUGAGCUGUGUCACCUCUCCACAGAUUUGACUUGUAACUUGGCCUGGUGGUGACCUACUUGUCUCCAUGGAGAUAGAUGUGUGAUGCCCAUACUGUGGAACAUUCUACAGGGUUCCCACGGUCAUGGAUAUCAUGGAAAAGUCAUGGAAAUUGAAAAUGUCAUACUCCUUUUAGUAUCUUUUUCACGCAGUCAUUAUUAGGCUGUUGUGAUUAUUUCUGAAUGUCUGUGCCUUUUGUUUAAAAGAGACAACAACAAAUGCACUGACAGUAUUUUAAAAGUUAAAAACCUACAAUACCAAACCAUGAGGUGAGUGGAAAGGGUUAACAUUUCAUAUUUAGCCCUUAAAGUCUGAUCAAUUCUACAUAUUUAGGUGCCGUAAAGUCAUGGAAAAUUCACUUUAGGUCAUGAAAACGUCAUGGAAAAGCUUUGAAAUUUUGUUAGUGAAAAAGAGUGGGAACCCUGUAAAUGUUUCAUAGAUUGACAUUACAGUUUUCUACAUUUCAUUUGUUAUAAAAGAAUGAGAACUUUGCACAUCAAUUACUUAAGACGGGUGCGUCGGAGGAGAGGGAACAACCCAAGAACAUCGAGAAAAAUCCCACACACCGUCUUACUUUCUUGCGUAAUUUGAGAUUUAUUAGGACAAACUGUGCAACCUUUUGGCACUAGGCCUUCAUCAGACAAACAGGGAAACUUUGAACAUUUUAUUUGUUAAAUUACAAGUUUUUUAUUUGAUUUUAUUUCUAAAAGAGGGAAAAAAACAUAAAAAAAAAAAAAACUUCAAGUGAGCUGCGUCACCUCUCCACAGAUCUGACUUGUAUCUUGGCCUGGUUGUGACCUACUUGUCUCCAUGGAGAUAGAUCUGUGAUGCCCAUACUGUGGAACAUUUUAGGCAAGGAAAUAACAUAUGGAAACAAGCAGGUGACGGAUUAUCUACUAGAAAAGUGACAUAAUGCAUCUUUAAACUAACUGUACAAAAUUAAUAAAACUAAAUGAAAAAUGGAAAGUUUGGGAAGGAAAUUUUAAAUUGAAAAGUAAAGCGAAUAUUUAGAAAAAGUAAAAUUAAACAACAAAACAAACCAAAAUAAUAUAUAUAGUUUUUUUUUUUUUUUUCCUUUAAUUCAUAAAUUAUUAUUAUGAAACAGUUCUAAUUACCACUUGCUUUCAACUUUAAAUUUUGUCAAGCAUCGUUUCGUUUUCUUUUUUUAAUUGUCAAUCAUACCUUUUAGUUUCAUGUUUCCGUUUUUAAAAAUUCCUUUAUAAUUUUUUGUUGUUGCGACUAUCUCUUCAUGGCCACUAUUCCAACCCUGUCUCGAGCGUGCAACCACAUUUGGACAAAAACAAAAACAAAAAAAACAAAAAUGUCGGCGCGUGGUUGCCCGGUGUCUGCAUCUGGCCUUGCUUCAGGUAUUUCAAUCAGAGUCGAUUUACUCAGGUAAUUUAGGAUGAGUGUCCAUUAUGAGAUCUUAAAUACGAAAAACUAGUCACCUUUGUUUCUCAUUCCCAUUCCAGGCUAAACAUUGUUCCAUGAAAGAGAAAGUGGAAGUGAAAAACACGGAUCAGAGGAGGAAAUGUGUGGACCAAAUGCACUGUGAUGGAAAGCUGUUUUAGGGCUGCACAAUAUAUGAAACAAAAUGACAUAAUUGUUGAAUUUAAUGUUGUAUAUACACUUUUUUUUUCAAUAAUUUUUCAUAUUUUUUCCAGUUAAAGAUGGUUAGGAGUCUGUCUGAAAUCUGAAACUAUUAAAACGAUAAAAUAAUGACAAAAAACAAUUGACAAAAA